AAUCCUGCUCGGAGUUUUGCUGUCCACGCGGAAGCAUCUUUUUUCCAAGCGCUCGCCGGAAAUGACGUCACAUUAGCAGAGUUUUUAAUAUUUUUUUUUUUUUAAUUUCAGUAAUCCCUUAUUAAACAUGUAUCUUUAAGACAGUAAAAAGUUUGAAUAAAAUAUUUCAUUUUUUAUAUUAAAAAAAAAUUGUUAAAAAUAGGUCAUUUUUUCCCGGAGGAAACCCAUGCAACCCCUUAAUUACCUUACUGUUAAUUAAGACACUAAUCAUCCUAAUUGUCUUCCAGAAAAUGUUGGAUGACAUAAGGAUCUUUGUAAAAACUUCCAAUAAGUCGACAAAGAAAUUGUUUAACGAUUACAUAAAUCGCUAUGUGAUAGUCGUGAUACUAAUAAACGUAUUUUCAGUUCCGUCGAUAUUUUCCAUGAUUUUCGGACCAAUAUUUCUUCCGCAGCUCUUUCCGCUGGUUGACAUCUAUCCUUUUGAAUUCCAAAAGUUCACAAUUUUGUAUUACUUCCUAUUUUUCACGCAAGUGGUCGCUGUUUAUCAGCUGUUAAUUAAUACUAUGGUUAUUUUUAACUCUGUCGUGUUGUUGACUUACAUUGUUACGGAGUUCAAGGUUUUGUUCAAUGAAUUCAAAAAAGUUAUCAAGAAAUACGAGGAUGGACAGCUUAAUGUCUUCAUUAAGAAACAUAUUCAGUGUAUAGAAUACGCCGAAAAUUUGAACUAUAUGUUACGAUUCAUGAUACUGAGAUGCUUUGUAACAGUUAUAGUAACUGUUAUAUUCGCUGCGAUACCUAUUUUAUUCUAUACUAAAAUUUUUGAAAUGAUCCGAGGAAUUGCUAUUGUUAUCACGUCGUUAAUGUGUGUUUUGGCGUUUACUUUUCCUGCUGAUGAUUUGUAUGAGAUGGGAGAAGAAAUAGCACACGCAGUUUAUGAUUCAAAUUGGAUCGGAACUUCUUUGUCGCUACAAAAAUCGGUAAUUAUAAUAAUGUGUCGCUCUCAAAAACCUCUUGUUAUUAAAGUUGACGGAAUAUUACCUGCACUUACUUGCAAAUUUUAUGCCUCGUUUUUGUCAAUGACUAUGUCAUAUUUCACAACAUUAAGAGCUUUUGUAGAAAGUCAAUAA